AUGAUCUUGAGAGCGGCGUGGCUCCCGAGGGAUAUUCGCAAUGCAUCCGGGAACGGAGGGGGAGUGCUACUGGGUUAUAUGACAAUCGUUGAGGACCCAGAAGACCCGACAGAUCGUGACUCACGUACUACGUUGGAGUUUCAACAAUACAAACGCACCAUUUAUCAAAAGGUGCUCGCAAAAGUGUUCCGAUCGCUCAAGCGCAAGUCCUGGCAUGGUGAACCGGUGAAGUGCGGUGAUGGCAUAUUACGGAUACUGUAUCCUGGGUUCCUAAUUGAAUCCAUGGAUGGAGAGGAGGCAUCAAAUUUUUGCGCCUGCCGGGCCUCGCUUGCGAACCACCCAAGAUGUCUUGUUCACAAGACAGACUUAAGCAAUAUCAGUACAGGACACUACGAGCUACGGACGGCUGCGACAAUGCAAGCUGUUAUAGAGCGCGCCGGGAAUGCCCCGAAUCCCACCGCACGUGAGAAGAUACUGAAGGGAGCGGGUUUGCAUUAUAUCACGCAUUUUCUGUGGCAGUUCCGAUUUUCAGAUCCUUAUCUUGCUAUUUCGUACGACACGUUGCAUUCUGAUGACCUAGGCAAGUGGGGCCAUCAUCUCUGGGAAUUACUUCUUCGAGUGUUGGAAGACCUUGGACAAAAAGGGGUCUUGACCGCAUAUAUCCAGUGUGUCCGAGUCUCCGCUGAGUAUGACAAGAGCUUCGACUUCCCGAAACACCAUGCUCUCUGGCAUGUUAUCUAUGACCUCGAGCAUAAGUGCACAACUGACAAUUAUUCUACCCGCCCCGGAGAGGGGUUUCAGCAAGAAGUUGCCGAAGCCUAUCAACAGACAAACGGUAAAAGAGCUGAGCAUCAGAUGGCUCGGAUUGACUCCAAUCAGGAGGCGAUCGCCUUGAUACGUAUGACAGUUGACAACGACUCCAAAGCUCAACAGAACAUCACCGAGGAGGAGCAAUUGGAUGAGAUGGAAGACAUUGAUGUGGGCCGAGCGCAACAUUGGCGCUUCGGUUCUGAGGAUGGCAGAUGGACAGACUGCCGCCUCUGGGAGGAACUCGCAGGUGCUGCUAAGGGCGAUUUCAAGGACUUUGAUUUGCGUCUUAGAACGUUCCUAUCUCAUGCCCUCGACGAUGAGGUGCUGACGUAUGAGGACAGUAUAGUGGUGAAAUUUUUCAAGUGCUGUUACGUCAACUACCAGUCUCUCGAGGACUGGACAUCAUCUGCAGAUAUACUUCGCUGCAAUGACGCUUUCCACGGGCAGGAGCGCUUUGAUUGUGUGCUAGUCAACUACGACAGGCCGGAUCUGGCUCCAGCAAGGCUACGAGCGCUCUUCCGGUGCCGCCUUCCAUCUGGUAAGCAUGUCGAUGUCGCUAUGGUCCGAUCAUUCUCCCGCAGCGGCUGGGCACCGAGAACACGAUGGGAAGGGGGCCAGGUCUACGAGGAGCUGAAUGAUACAGCAUUUGUGAUGAUGGACUAUGUAAUCCGGGGUGCACUGAUGACGCCGGUAUUCAGUCAAGCUAAGAAGAGUCUCUAUUAUAUGGUAGAUACAGUCGAUGCGGAUAUGUUUCUGCGGGCCUCUUACAGUAGUAGUACAACAUUAUGA